AUGACUCCAAGGAGGCGAGCGCUCGCUGCCAAGAAAAAAUCAGCUACCAUGGAGGAAACAUCUGACCAGAAAUCCUUGUCCGCCUCUCCUUUCAAGCAACAGAUGAAUACACCCGACAAAACAAAACCAAAAGAAUUAUUAUCCGUCAAAUUGCCUGCUCCAAAAUUUGUCCAGGAUGCCAACAUUGCUUCUUCAGAAGCUGUGUCAUUAUCACUGAUGAACCUGGAAAAUAUUGCUGCUGCUGCAGAUCCGCCUACUGUUGUUCCUACACCAGCUACUCUAAAACCCAUGCCAUCUCACUACAAUUUUGUAUUUAGUAAAGCUACCAAUUCUCCCAUAGCUAAUUUAGAAACUGCAACUGCUGUCUCUAAAGCUCCUGAAGUGGUUGUUGCACCAAUGACUCCAUCGCGUCGUGCUGCUGUGCGUGCUCAACGUGUCAGUCGAUCUAAACUUUCGUCAUCUUUUGUAAACGCUGCUGCUGCCCAUUCUAAUAUAAACGAUUUGAGCGCUGUUUCUGUUUCUGAUUGUAAUUUUAAAUUUACGGAUACCACAAAGACUGCAAGUGUAGCCUUUUCUGUAAACAAGUUUGAGCAUCCGCCAGUUGCUUCACCUUCCAUGCAGGCCGCUCUUUCUCGUCGCCAAUCAUUACUUGGUCUGCGCUCUCGACUAACAGAAAAACUUGCCAUGGAAUCUACAACAGCUUCAAAAGAUUUGUUGGCUGCAUUGGGCGAUCGUUCUUCUCCGGUUUACAAAUCGACAACUCCUAUUCAAUCUCAUAAUAAAGUAGCUUUGCUGGUUGAAAAACAUCAGGCUGCGAUUAGCAAGGUGGUACCGCCAUUAGAAACCGGUCACCGUAUGACUCGUCGUGGUUCUGCUACUCAUGCGGCUACUCUGAUCCAUUCUAAGCCUGUAGUAACGAGGCUGGCCAACAUUGAAAAUCUGUCCAACUUGACUGGAACUGAACAGAACGCAGCCUCCAUGUUGUUUUUGGAUGACACUCUUGCGUCACCACUUCGUCGAUCAAAGCGUCGCGAACUUGUUGACAGCCCUGCACGUACCCCUACUGAUUCAUUGUCAAAGAGUGCUGCCAUUGCUAUGAAUACUGUUGACAAAAGUAUGUUGGUUACUCCAGUGAUGGAGAUGAAAACCACUUUGAAAACUCCUAUUGCUACUUUGACUUUAAAGCCAGAUUUAAAUGAGAAUGCUAUUGGAGCGACUUACAAUCCAGUUUUGGAUGCUGCACCAAAAGUUACUGGAGCAUCUGGUGUUAAAACAAAACCAGUCGAUACUUCUUUUGAGUCACUAACAGUAGGAAGCAACAUGAACGUAAAUCCUAUGGGCACUAAAGUAGCUGAAACACCUGUGACUCCCGUACAGUCCUUCAAGCGUGGCGAAAAAGUUGAUUUAAUUCAUCUAAUGAAACCAGGUGUCAAUAUGCCAAUAUGUUUUGACGAAUGUGCUCCAACUCCUCCUGCUGCUCGCGAGGUUGUCGGCAAACGGAAGCGUUUGAUUGGAAACGAGCUAAAGACUCCAUCCCAAAAGGCCACGAUGCUAAUUUCAGCUGCUGCUACACCUGCAUCGGCUCGUAUUAUUAAGCGUAAGCGUAUUCGCCUAAUGAGGUCUGAUACUCAAUCUUGCAGCGACGAUGAAGAAGCCAAUGCCACUGCUCUACAUUUGGAACCAGCUUCCAAGGUUUUUGCAUCUUCAUCUCGGUCAAGUGCUGAGGAUACGUUGUCCAAUUUAGAUGAGUUUGCUUCUACUUCACACAUUGAAUCUACCGAUAAUGAGUUUGACAAAGAAAAGAAUGGGGAUAUAUCUGAAACAAAGAGUGAUUUUGGCGACGAUACUAAAGAGAGCAACGAUAUGGAUGUGGGUAUGGAUGACUGGCCAAUGGAUCAUGAAACUUGGACUAUUCGUGCAGUGAAGCGUUUUGCGCGUGCAUUGUAUUUGGUGCAAUGA